AUGGAGGAAAUUUAUGUUGACAUGAAACCUCCCAAAGCUGCCGACCCAAAACGUUCCAGGAAUCAAACAGGUCCGAGGAGUUCUCAGAGGAGUUUUCAUUCAGUUAUUCUCUGUUUGGGGCUGCUGAGUGUUUUCCUGCUGGUUGGACUCAUCGUCCUCGGUGUCCACUAAAACCUGACUGAGCGUCUGCAGACCAGCAAUGAUCAACUUUCCUCCAUGACAGAAGAGAGAGACCGACUGAAUGCCAGCCUCACUGAAAUGACCAAAGAACGGGACAGACUUCAGGCUUUGUCCAAACAGAAGAAAACGUGUCCUGCAGGAUGGAAGAUGUUCAGUUGUUCCUGUUAUCUCCUCUCUCAAGAGUCUGGUUCCUGGAACAAAAGCAGGGAGGACUGCAGAAGCAAAGGAGCAGAUCUGGUGGUGAUAAACAGCGAUGAAGAACAGACGUUUCUCUCUACGUUCACCAACAAACCAACUUGGAUUGGGUUGAAUGACAUCCAAACAGAAGGGACCUGGAUGUGGGUGGAUGGAACUCCUCUGACUCUGAGCUACUGGGACAAAAACGAGCCGAACAAUAAAGGAGGAAAACAUGAUAAAGAAGACUGUGCUCAACUCAGAACUCUUCACAACGCUCUUUGGAAUGAUCUUCCAUGUACAUCGUCUCUGCAGUGGAUCUGUGAAAAACUACCAUAA